GUUCACGUAGUCUUGGAAAUUUUUGUUUGUUUUUAUUGUCAAUGUUAUUUUCGAUGAUGUUACUUUGCUAUUUCGAAACCAAAUUUUCAUUUAAAUCCAAUCGAUCAAAGACUUUCAUUAUAUUUGCCUUCAUUUUUUUACAUUGACUUAAUGACCAUCAUUUUUGAAAAUAAAAUAAUGAAUCAAUUGUUGAAUUUGGUUUUUCUACUAUCUUCAUUGGUCAUUUCAACUAAUUGUAACCUGAAUAAUAAUACAACUUCAUCGGUGAUAGCUACAACAGUUAAAACAACAUCAGAAAUUAUAUCUGUCGAUGAGCUUGUUGAUCAGAUUAUUAAAAAUCAAAGUAAUAUUACUGUUAUAACUAAUCAUAAUGUAAAAAAUUCUACUAUUGAAGAUGAUCGUGAUGGAAAUCCUGAUCUAAUCAAUGUUCUAAGUUUUCUACCACCGGAUUUUAUGAACGCUCAAUUUCGUCGAAAUGGUGGCUACAUUGUACAUAUUUUAGUAUUCUGUUAUCUAUGUUUUGUUUUAACAUUGGUCAUUGAUUCAUAUUUUGUGCCAUCAUUACAAAUGUUCAACAUUAUUUAUGGAUUAUCACUAAAUAUUAUCGGCUCAACAUUGAUGGUGUUUGGAACAUCAUUACCGGAAUUGUUUGCAUCAAUAAUUUCUGCGUUUAUUGGUGGAAAAUCAAUCGGUACCGCUACAAUUGUCGUAUCAAGUCUAUUCAAUUUAUUGGCUAUUCCGGGCAUCUGUGGCCUGAUAGUAUUGACCCCUCGAACGUUUUCAUUUAUAUGUAUAAAUGCAUGGCCAGUACGACGAGAAAUUAUUUUUUAUUCAAUUACAAUUGUUAUAUUCAUUCUGAGCAUCAAAGAUGAUUCGAUCGAUUGUAUAGAAUCACUGAUAUUCAUUUUUAUCUACACCGUAUAUAUGCUAUGCCUUUAUCUUUGGUCACAUUUUGAGAUAAUUCAGCAACAACAAAAUAGGCGGAAAUUUUUUCACUCCAAAGAUCGACCUUGGCUUAAAUAUACACACUAUCUACAACAAUCGAAAAUCAAUAUGAAACCAGCAAUGAAAAAAUUUACGAUUUCCAAUCCUCGACAGCCGUCCACAAGUGCCGACCAAGAAAACAAUGGUGAAAGUAGCUCAAAAAUUUAUCGCGGAACUUUUCCACGGGAUAAAUUUUUAAAAUCAGCUUUGAUACCAUUUCGAUGGCUAUUUUCAAUAACGAUUCCUCCAGCUAACCGACGAACAUUUAUCGCAACAUAUAUCCUGUCAAGCGUUUGGAUUGUGGCCAUAACCUAUUUUCUUAUGUGGAUGAUUUCGAUCAUAAGCAAAGCUAUACAUUUCACACAUUCAAGUUCAGUGUUAAACAUGUUAGCACUUGGUAAUAUAACAAAAAUGAUAUCUUCAAUUAUUGUCAUCAAACGAUUAAACUCAGUCGAUAUGGCCAUAUGUCAUGUAAUUGGUUCGAAUAUUUUCAAUAUUCUUAUUUGUCUUGGUUUACCAUGGUUUCUCAAGAUUUUAAUAUUAACCGUAAAAGAAGGUACAACAUUGGAAAAAUUACAAGCCUUUACAAUCGAUGUUGAUUAUCGAUUAUUCGAAUAUGUUGCAAUAUCGUUAACAAUAUUAUUACUAAUAUUCAUAUUAAUAUUCUACUUAAGUAAUUGGAAAUUAUCAAUCAGAUCUAGCUAUUCAUUCACAAUAUUAUACAUUUUUUUCCUUGUAUGUUUACUCAUAUUUGAUCAAUAUAUUUCGAUUGUUUAAACGUAUUGAUUUUUAAUUUACAAUUUA